AUGAACCACACUUGCAUCUCACAAGCAGCCAACCUUACCACGACUCCUCUCGGGGGUCAUCAGGUAUGGGAGGCGGUUCUGAUCGUGCUCGUGACUGGACCCCUGUCUCUUAUUACCAUCCUGGGCAACUCCUUGGUGGUCAUCUCCAUCCGAGUCAACAGUCAGUUACAGACCAUCAGUAACUACUAUCUUCUGAGUCUGGCGGUGGCAGACUUGAUCUUGGGUACGGUGUCAAUGAAUCUAUAUACAGCAUACAUAAUCAUGGGCCGCUGGACACUAGGACAUCUAGCUUGCGAUCUAUGGUUGACACUUGACUAUGUAGCGAGCAAUGCCUCAGUAAUGAACCUGCUGGUCAUAAGCUUCGACAGAUACUUCUCAGUCACACGACCACUGACUUAUCGAACAAAGCGAACUCCGAAGACGGCAGCAGCAUUGAUCGCUCUCGCAUGGGUGGUGUCGUUUGUGCUAUGGGGCCCUGCUAUCUUGUUUUGGCCUCAUGUGGUUGGACGACCAUCUGGAGCUGAAGCCCAGGCCUGUUCUAUCCCAUUCUUGAAGGUUCCUCCGCUUACAUACGGUACUGCAAUCGCUGCAUUCUACCUACCAGUCACUAUCAUGAUCAUUCUUUAUUGGCAAAUUUAUUGGGAAAUUGAGAACAGAGCGAAAGGACUCGUUGGUUUUGUCGGGGCUGUGAAAAACCCUAGAAAUGUUCUGGAUGGGUUGGACAAACAAUCAGUGCACCAAACCAGUACCAAGAGCAACUUAAGUUGCUCAAAGGAAACAAAUUCCAGAAAAGGACAAGGCAAAACCAAAGACAAGUCUGUUGGGUGUUUCAAUUCAACGAAAAACAAAACCGCAGCCAUUUUGCAGAAGUCAGCUCAUGAGAGUUACAAAGAGGCUUACAGCAACAGUAGCUGGAACAUUGAAGACGAGGACAAAAGCGCCUUGUCCUCUUCGACAGACGAGGAACAUGAGCAGAACAUCAAGGCGAGAGCAUCUUCAUCCAAUCCAACUGCAAUUGAGUUGACAGAUCUGCAAAGUGGAUCAGAGGACACCAAAGAUGUGCAAGAGUUCAACUCAUCAGCUGGGCGUCCCACCAGACACCAGUCCCACUUAAAACCACCCCAAAAUUCAGACCACAGCAUUUGCCACCAGCUCAGAGCUAAACAUCGCAUCAAUAUGAUCAUUAAAGAGAAAAAAGCGGCCCGGACACUAAGUGCCAUCUUGUUGGCUUUCAUCCUCACGUGGACGCCAUACAACAUCAUGGCUUUGGCUUCCAUUUCAUACUGUGUGCCAGAGAAGCUCUGGCAGCUGGGAUACUGGCUGUGUUAUGUAAACAGCACGGUCAACCCCAUGUGCUACGCCCUCUGCAACGAGUCCUUCCGGGUCACCUUCAAGGCACUGCUACUUUGUCGGCGUGUAGAUAAACGAAAGUGCGACACAAACAGCUGGAAUCGCCAUGCCUCUGUGAGGCAGAAUAAGUCUUGCAGUAAUGUGUAA